CAGCUUUCCGUUUCCGGCUUCCUCAGUUUGAUUUCUUUACUUUUCCGUGGUUUCUAAAGCUGGUGAUGAGAUGGACGUGCCAGAGAAUGAAGAGGAGCUGGACACCAGUGCCCGCAGCAGGCCAGAGUCCUGUUUGGACCAGCCCAUGGAUUCCAGCAGUGUCCAUGAAGUCGUCCAUUUGGAUUCCUCAGCGCUGCCAGCCAAACAUCACGACCCUGACACCACUGAACCAAUCAGCUGUGGUCUUCAGACUUUAGAGGAGUUGUUGUCGUGGAAACGAAGCGAUGCAAACCUUUUUAAUGUGGCGACUGUCCGUUUGGCCCCUCGGGAGCCUCCCCUCGCCGCCAGUGCCUGUCGGACCCUGGUGUCUCACGACAUGAUGGGCGGCUACUUAGAUGACCGCUUCACCCAGGGCACACACACCGAUGCUCCGUAUGCCUUCUACCACUGGCAUUACAUUGAUAUUUUCAACUACUUCACACACAACUUGGUGACCAUCCCUCCUGCUGUGUGGACCAAUGCAGCACAUAAACACGGAGUCGUUGUUCUUGGGACCUUCAUCACAGAGUGGACUGAAGGAGCCGCGGUGUGCGAGGCCUUCCUGAAAGACGAGGAGUCGUACCGGGCGGUGGCAGAUAAGCUGGUCCAGAUCAGCCACUGUUACAGCUUCGACGGCUGGCUCAUCAACAUCGAGAACUCCCUCAGUGAUGUUGCGGUGAAGAACACUCCUUUGUUCCUGCAAUAUCUGACAGAGCAGAUGCACGAGCGAGUGCCCGGCAGCCUGGUGCUGUGGUACGACAGUGUCCUCGAAAAAGGGGAGCUAAAAUGGCAAAACGAAUUGAACCAGUCCAACAGGGUGUUUUUCGCUGCUUGUGAUGGUUUCUUCACCAACUACAACUGGACAGUGCAGAGCCUGGAGUGGAUGGCGGGCUACAGUGGCCUCGAAGGCCGCCAGGCUGACGUCUACGUCGGAGUGGACGUCUUCGCCCGAGGCAAGGUGGUGGGAGGAAUGUGGGAAACAAAUAAGGCUCUGGAAUUCAUUCGAAAGCACAACUUCUCUGUCGCCCUGUUUGCUCCAGGCUGGGUGUACGAGACUCUCAGUGAUAAGACCCAGUUUCGCAAGAAUCAGGACAAGUUCUGGGCUCUUCUGUCAGACUUCCUGCCCAUCCAUCGGCCUGCCUCGCCCCUCCCCUUCGUCUCCUCCUUCUGCCAAGGCUUUGGGAAGGCCGUCUACAGGAAAGGACAGCUUGAGGCAAGCAGAAGCUGGUUUAAUCUGAGUGCCCAGGAGGUGCAGCCCCUGUACAUCAACACACAGCUGGAGGGCGGGGGCUGGCUGAGCAGUCGUGGUUGCCCUGACGACGCCUGGAAUGGAGGCUGCUCGCUGCUGCUGGAGGGACUCAUCCCCAUCACAAACACAUCUCCAGUUAGUGCAAAGAUCUUCUCCCUCCAUGUACCCCUGGCCACCAAGACUCUGGUGACCCUCAUCUACAAGUCAUCACCUGGGAUCAGAGUGUCCCUGGAACUGAAGACGACAGACGCCAGUCAAUGCACACACAUGAACGUCUAUGAUGUCAAACUUCCCGCUGUGUCUCCUGCAGGACUGGAUGAUGGGCUGGAGUCGGUGAGCCAGUUCUCUCAGCUGUGUGGCAACCUGAGUCCAGAUGGCUGGACCACCGGAUGUUCACAGCUGGAGCUUCGUGGCUGUGUUCUGCGAGAACUGAGUUUGAACAUCCAGAGGGAUAGAGAGCCGCAGGAAACGCCUUUCAGCUGCAGAGUGGGAGAAAUCCUGCUUUUGGAUGGAGCCAGUCUGCAGACCCCCCCUCAGCUGGUUCAGGGCUUGUGUAUUUAUGACGUGGUGUGGCUGCGUGGUGCUGGAACCUCCACCUCUCCCUGCCUGCACUUAAACGCCACUAUGCGCUGGGACUACCCCACCGAGCUGGUGCGCCACUUCAGGGUGUACUGGCAGCGUCUGAGAGGACCCGACCCCCGGAUACCCCCUGGCCAGCUGGCUCUGGUGGGCCGGGCGUACUCUAACCUCUAUAGAGUGACAGAGCUUGAGGUGCCAGAAGCCCCGGGCCUGCUGGAGCUGGUGGUGGAGCCGGUGAUUAGGAAGGGCUUCCAGCUCCCAGAGAGCCACUGGGGGAGAAGGAUCCUCAGCUACACAGAGGCCAAAACACAAUGAUCACAAACAUCUGUUGUCUUUAAGAUUGAUCUGAAUUUCACACAGAAUGGUGGGGGGGGAUACUUUAAACAAGGGACCCAAAAUCUAAUUUGUUUUAUAUAAUUAUUAUCAUUUUUUAAUCAGAAUGAUUAUAUAUUAAAUAUAUAAUAUAUAUAGUACUUUGGAGUAUCCAAAGAGUGUGUAGAAUAUGAUUUGUAAGCGGGAAAUCUGUACUUUAGCCUUUUACAAAUCUUGUGCCUUUUGCAAUUUGAUUAUUUGUGCGUCUCUUCUUGAUACAGUAACAACAAAACGAUUUCGAUCAUACCAAGCAUUUUUCUUCCAGUAAUGUAAACACUUUGAAGCAGAUAGCCUGGCUCCGUCCACCUACCAGUUUAAGCUAACUAGCGCAUCACAUCUCGUUUGUACAAAAACGGUUUGGUUUAAACGGUUUGAGGGAAGAAUUUCUGAUGGUUGAUACCCAAGCACACUAUGAUGAAAAGACUCCAGGACUAAUCAAAAAAGGAAAUUUAACGUUUUAAUAAGUACGUUUAAAAGAUGCUGCUAGUCAGGUUAGCUGCUGCCACCUGUUGCUAGUAUUUGUGCUAAGCUAACUAGCUAUAGCUUUACAUUUCGUGUUUAGACUUGAGACUUUUAUCAGCCUUGUUUUUUUUAUUUAUGUCUUUAUUUCAACAAGGAGCAUGCAUAGAAAAGCCCUUAUCUCAAAAAAGAUUAUUUGGAAAUGCCAGAUUCAGAUAUGCUAAUUACCAUCUGCAAUCCCUGGGCAGGAACACUUCAACAAUCAACAAGCACUUAAAACAUUACGUAGUCUCUAUCACACUAACAAUUAUACAUACAGAUCAAAACAUGUAAAUACCAUCACAUGUAUUCUACAACUAUAAUAUGAAAUUAAUAUUAACUAAAAUAUCAAAAUACGGUAAAAUAAUGCUGACUGGUUGCUCAAUAUGUAUGCUGAAAAUAUAUUCUCAUUUAGGUCUUAUUGUAUUUCCCAUAAUGUUUAAUUAUUCCUUAUGUUACUACAUGUUACCUGUGGUGCUGGGGGGUGCAACCUCUAUAACGACAUGCCCCUAUUCAGACAUGCCCCUAUUACGACAUGCCCCUAUUACGACAUGCCCGUAUUACGACAUGUCCCUAUUCCGACAUACCCCUAUUCCGACAUACCCCUAUUACGACAUACCCCUAUUACGACAUGCCUCUAUUACGACAUACCCCUAUUACGACAUGCCCCUAUUCCGACAUACCCCUAUUACGACAUGCCUCUAUUCCGACAUACCCCUAUUACGACAUGCCCCUAUUACGACAUGCCUCUAUUACGACAUGCCUCUAUUACGACAUGCCCCUAUUCCGACAUACCCCUAUUCCGACAUAACCCUAUUACGACAUACCCCUAUUCCGACAUACCCCUAUUACGACAUGCCUCUAUUCCGACAUGCCCCUAUUACGACAUGCCCCUAUUCCGACAUACCCCUAUUACGACAUGCCUCUAUUCCGACAUGCCCCUAUUACGACAUGCCCCUAUUCCGACAUACCCCUAUUACGACACACCCCUAUUACGACAUGCCUCUAUUCCGACAUACCCCUAUUACGACAUGCACCUAUUCGGACAUACCCCUAUUACGACAUGCCUCUAUUACGACAUGCCUCUAUUACGACAUGCCUCUAUUCCGACAUGCCUGUAUUCCGACAUACCCCUAUUACAACAGUUUAGUACCGCCAUUCCGACGUCUUGGUAGACUUCCGACGCCAGUCUACCCAGACGCGUCGGGGCAUCGUCUUUCUUUCAUUUGUUUGUGUGUCUUUUUAACAUAUACAUUUUUAACAUAUUCAGUUUAUUUUGUACAAUAUAAUAUAGCCGAUUGUUGUAAUGAAUGCACUGACUGGUUGGCAUUCAAUUUCAUUGUUGUCCGAUCGCCCUGCAUCCGAUCUGCAAGGGAGUCGCUCAAAGAAAGUUUAAGCUAUGCAAGCCAUCGACGCUGCUCACAAUUCUGCGGAGCUGUAGACCGGAGCUGAUGGGAUGACGAUGGAGAGACUUGGAGGAGCAGUGGCGGUGGAUUCGGGAGGGCUAUCAGAAGCGUCCAUGAGGGAAGAGGGGGGCCCUGCGUGUCUGACAGUGUCAACUACCGCUCCGAAUGCUUCCACUUAAGUGGAGCGAUGCAGAACCAACGCACCACCGAUGCAGACCUUCCGAAACCCUCCCAGCACAUCACACACACUUGCAGAGAUGACUUCUCCCAGGUGGAUCCUUAACCAACACCAUCUCGUCUCAAGGCUAGGCCUACGUCUCCACUAGCUUCCUCAAGAUGCCGGAUACCUCAUGUUGGAAUGUUUGAAAAAAAGUGCCUCUACUCCGACAAUGGAAAAUAUUUUGUUGUAGUGGCACGUUUAAAAAAAAAAUGGAAAUGCCGCCACUCCGACAAUUAGACAUCAGUGUCGGAGUAGAGGUAUAUCGGAAUAGCAGCAUAUAACCGCCAAAGACAGCACUUGAUAAAGGAUCAAAUACUGGAUAUGAUAUUCAUAUCAAGGGCUACCAUGUAUUUGUACAAUUGUCUUAAUCAUAUCAACUCAUAUUACAUCUCAGGUUUCUCAAUGCAAUGGUGUGUUUCAACCAUAAUCCGUAUUUAACUUAAAGGACCAGUUCGCUGUCUGUGUGGUCUCACUUCCGUAUGGGGGUGUAUCGGUUUACAGACGUAUCACUUGACAAGAUCUACCUUUCUAUACCACAUAUACACCACAUAUUAAUGGAUUAAGUUUAAUUUGUAUAGCACUUUUAUACUUGGAUCCAGCAAUGUGCUUUAUAAGAUCUAUGUUAACUAUAGGGGAACAUUGUAAACUGAAAAAACUGAACUGAAGGAUUAUUUAAAAAAAACUUUGUUAAAGACUAUUACAAACAAACUACAUGCUGUGAUUGCUUUCUCUUAAGUAUUCACUAGUCUUGUCAGGCCAGCUCUUUUUGGCUUAACCAGGUACAUCAUGGUCAAUUCAGGAAUAAUGCUUACUUAAAUCAAUUUGUCAACAUGUUCUGAAUUUGAUAAUAAAAAUAUCUGUGAAAAAUUAA